AUGAGGCUCAACACAGCCUCUAUCAGCUUGGUCUUGUGUUUCACAUUCACGGUUUCAGCGAUCCUUGCGCUCCUUUUUCCCGAGCUCGACUUCCGAGCAGCUGUCGAGACCUUAGCUACUAGACUUGCGCAAGAAGCUGAACAGCAAUUUGGCUCAGGCAGUCUCGAGGACGCAAGAGCUGGAGGGCCACUGAAUAUCAGAGGCAACAAGGAGGGUGUUGACCUUUAUCUGGGUUGGGAGAAGUUCAUUCAUACUUAG